AUGGCAAAGAAAAUUUCAAAACAUAGUAGAGCUGCUAGAAGAGGAUUAAUAGACACAGAUACUAAUAAUGAAGCUAAAUCAUUAGAAUCAAUUCCAAGAGAGAAAAGUGAUGUUAAAAAAUCCAUCAUUAGAACUACCAUCAAGAAUGAAAAUUUGUUAAAUAAAAAACUCGAAUUAUCCAAGAUAAAAAAAUCAACCAACAAAAAGAAAACAUCAGCAUUGAAACAUAAACUUGAACGAUCAGAUAAAUUAAGUGGGGUAUUAGCUACCAAAAUCGAUCAAAGUAUAGCAAGAGCGAAAUAUGUUCAAAAUGCUCGUAAAUCUGGAUGGGAUAAAACCAAUCAGAAUAUAACAUUGGAAAAUCAUCUAGCUGAAGAGUUGAAAUCUGCUAGUGGUCUUGGUGAAAAGAAGAAAGAGUUGACACAAGAAGAACUUGAUAAAAUUGAAGAAGAUGAAUAUGUAAAGAGUAUUUUUGCAAAGAAAGAGGAACAACAAGAAAAGGAAACUCCAAAUAGUUCAUUGGGUAAUAACAGAUUUGCUUUGUUGAAUGAUAUUGAGGAUUAA